AUAAAAUUAAUUUGUCUGUGGUAGUGUGGUGAAGAGCUGUCGUACGGGUGUAAUGUGGUUUUUGUAAAAUGGAUUUUUUCUAAAAUUUUAUAUUUGUUGGAAUUAAAAAUAUCUAAUGAAUAUUACUCAUAGUUUUUAAGGGACUUUCUUGGUCGGAUAACCGCCUAUAAUCGUACCGAGUCUUAUUGCAAAAUUUUACAAAAAACUUAAAAAUUCAUGGCAGCUAGAGCAUUACUUUAAAUUAGUCGUUGUUCGUGCCUUGUCGACGUGUUGUGACAACAAUGUCUUACAAUUCCUCGCUUGACGAGUUCUGCGGAUCUACUUUUUGGGACAGCAACAGAACUUGGCACACAGAUAAUCCAGAGUUCACACCAUGUUUUCACAAGACAGUUCUUGUAUGGACACCAUGCUUAUAUCUCUGGGUGGCAGCUUUUCUAGACAUCUACUACAUAUUAAAUAGCAAAGAGAAGAACAUCCCAUGGAAUCCACUGAAUAUAACAAAGUUAAUCGUCACAUCCAUUUUAAUAGUGGUAAAAUUUGUUGAUUUGGGUGUCACAGUCCAUAAUUCAUCACAAAAGGAAAAUGUAGUCUCAAAUGCUGAUUACUACAGCCCCAUCAUAAAAAUAUUAACCUUUGCCUUAUCAGCAACAUUAUUAUACUAUAACAGAAAAUAUGGUAUGAGAGCAUCUGGAGUUCUAUUUUUCUUCUGGUUGCUUCUGAUCAUCGCAGGGCUGCCCCAGCUAAGGUCCGAAAUCAUAUUGCACAGCGAAAAAGAGGACGAUGAAAACGUUCAGUAUAACUUCGUUAGCUACAUGGUGUACUAUCCAUUAAUAGUGUUAAUGUUUAUACUGAACUGUUACGCCGACUUGCCUCCGAAGGACACGCCUUACUCGUACGAAAAGAACCAAUGUCCGGAAAGCGCGUCCGGGUUCCCAAGUCGGCUCACGUUCAGUUGGUUCGACCCGCUGGCCCUUACAGGGUUCCGUAGGAGCUUGACCGAAGGUGACUUGUGGUCACUUAAUCCUCAAGAUUCAUCUAAAGAAGUUGUUCCCAAAUUCGACAAGUUCUGGCACAGAUCACUCAAAAAACGAGAAAUCAGUACCAGUAAUGGCGCUAAAGCAACGUAUAGUAAAACUUCUGCCAGUGUUAAUUUCAAGCCUGAACACGAGAAGAAACCUGCAUCCAUCCUACCAGCUCUCUGUCUGGCCUUUGGAGGCCAGUUCUUCUUCGGUGCUCUGCUGAAGUUGUUCAACGACACUCUAAUGUUCUUAUCUCCACAGCUUCUGAGACUUUUGAUCGGAUUCGUAGGGAGCGACGAGCCGCUAUGGAAAGGUUAUCUCUACGCAGUCGGUCUCAUGGCCUGCGCGACAGUCCAAACAAUGCUCUUAGCGCAUUAUUUCACGUCUAUGUACCUUGUUGGUAUGAGAAUAAGGACUGCUCUAACAAGCGCCAUCUACAGAAAAUCCCUCCGACUCUCAAACGCUGCAAGGAAAGAGUCCACCGUCGGUGAAAUUGUCAAUCUCAUGUCCGUGGAUGCGCAAAGAUUUGUGGAACUAACGGCGUAUUUAAAUAUGAUAUGGUCUGCCCCGCUUCAAAUAGCGCUGGCCUUGUACUUCUUGUGGGGAAUCCUCGGGCCUUCCGUGCUCGCGGGGCUGGCGGUCAUGAUCAUCCUCAUCCCGGUCAACGGGCUCAUUGCGAACCGCGUCAAGACGCUGCAGAUCAAACAAAUGAAGUACAAAGAUGAGAGGGUCAAACUUAUGAACGAGGUGCUCAAUGGAAUUAAAGUACUUAAGAUGUAUGCUUGGGAACCAAGUUUUGAGGAGCAAAUACUUAAAAUUAGAAAUAAAGAAAUGUAUGUAUUAAAGCAAGCGGCAUACCUUAAUUCGGCGACUUCAUUUAUAUGGUCAUGCGCGCCUUUCUUGGUGUCGCUGAUGUCGUUCGGGUGUUUUGUCUUGGUAAACGAUACAAGAGCCUUGGACGCAAAGACAGCUUUCGUAGCGUUGUCUCUUUUCAACAUACUACGUUUCCCACUUUCCAUGCUGCCUAAUGUUAUAUCGAAUGUCGUGCAAACUGCAGUGGGCAUUAAAAGGUUGAACAAAUUCAUGAACGGAGAGGAAUUAGACGACGGAGCGGUAGAACACGACCCUAAUGAACCGAACCCCCUGGUGAUAGAGAACGGCCACUUCUCGUGGGGCGAGCAAGACGCCGAGCCCGUGCUCAAGAAGAUCAACCUGAACGUGCCCCGCGGCUCCCUCGUGGCCGUAGUCGGCGCCGUCGGCUCCGGCAAGAGUUCGUUGCUCUCCGCCCUCCUGGGCGAGAUGAACAAGGUCUCCGGACGAAUUAACACUACCGGUGAAAUCGCUUACGUUCCUCAACAAGCGUGGAUACAAAACGCCACUCUGCAAGACAACAUCCUUUUCGGCAAACCGUUGGACGAGCACAAAUACAACAACGUCAUCAAUGUGUGCGCUCUAAAGACCGACUUUGACGUAUUACCUGGAGGUGACCAGACAGAAAUUGGUGAAAAGGGUAUCAAUUUGUCGGGCGGGCAGAAACAGCGCGUGUCGCUGGCGCGGGCCGUGUACUUCGACGCGGACAAUUACUUCCUGGACGACCCGCUCAGCGCCGUCGACUCGCACGUCGGCAAGCACAUAUUCGAUAAGGUGAUCGGCCCCAACGGACUGCUCAAGAACAAGACCCGCGUGUGGGUGACGCACAACGUGUCCUACCUGGCUCAGACGGACAUGGUACUGGUGCUACGAGAUGGCGAGGUUUCAGAGGCCGGCACGUACCAACAGCUGCUGGAGAAGAAAGGCGCCUUCGCGGAAUUCCUGCUGCAUCAUCUGAGUGACGCGGAAAGAACGUCGCCCGAAGAAUUGGACGAAAUAAAACAACAUCUUGAAACCAAACUCGGCUCCGAGUUCCAGAGUAAACUACAAAGGGCGAGAUCGUUAUCAGAAAGCAAUUCAGAAUCGGACCAAACAGCAGCUGGCGACCGCUCCGGCAGCCAGAAGCGGCGAACAGAAAGUAUUACACCUAACGAACUCAAAGAGAAGUCGAAACUUAUUGAAACAGAAAAAACUGAGACCGGCAGUGUAAAAUGGAGCGUGUACAAACAUUACCUGACGAGCGUGGGCGUGGUGGCGUCGAUCGUGACGGUGCUGAUGAACCUCAUCCUGCAGGUCUUCCAGGUCGGCUCCAACUACUGGCUCGCGGAGUGGUCCAACGACCAGGAUAUGAUGGUCGACGGUGUGGUAGAUAAAUCGAAACGAGAUCUCUAUCUCGGAGUAUACGGAGGGCUCGGCAUAGGACAAGUGGUGUCGGUGUCGGUGUCGUCGCUGGCGCUGUACCUGGGCACGCUGGAAGCGGCGCGCGCGCUGCACGCGGCGCUGCUGGGCGGCGUGCUGCGCGCGCCUUCCAUCGGCUUCUUCGACUGCACGCCCGUGGGCCGCGUGCUCAACCGCUUCAGCAAGGACGUCGACGUGCUCGACAAUGUGCUCCCGAUGACGCUCAGGGGGUGGACCUCGUGCUUCUUCGCGGUCCUCGGGACGUUGUUCGUGAUCAGUUUCUCGACGCCCAUUUUCCUGGCGGUGAUCCUGCCGAUCGGGGUGGUGUACUACAUCAUCCAGCGGUUCUACGUGGCCACCUCGCGGCAGCUCAAGCGUUUGGAGUCGGUCUCGCGGUCACCCAUCUAUUCGCACUUCGGAGAAAGCAUCACCGGCGCUUCUACCAUCCGCGCUUAUGGAGUUACGAACAGAUUUAUUGAAGAAUCGGAGCGGGGAGUUGACCACAACCAGGCGUGCUACUACCCAAGCUGCAUAGCCAACCGGUGGCUGGCAGUGCGGUUGGAGAUGAUGGGAAACCUCAUCAUCUUCUUCUCUGCCAUAUUCGCCGUUCUAAACCGAGACGACACCAACCCUGGAAUGGUGGGCCUUUCGGUCAGCUACGCUCUGCAGAUAACACAAACAUUAAACUGGCUGGUGAGAAUGACGUCUGAAGUGGAGACCAAUAUUGUCGCCGUUGAAAGAAUAAAGGAGUAUGCUGAAACUGAACAAGAAGCGGCGUGGAAUCUCCCCAACGGGCCGGGUUCUACGUGGCCCGAGACGGGCGCGCUGACGCUGCAGCAGCUGACACUCGGCUACCGCGCGGGCGAGCCGGCGCUGCGCGACAUCACGUGCGCCGUGGCGCCGCGCGACAAGCUCGGCAUCGUCGGCCGCACCGGCGCCGGCAAGUCCACGCUCACGCUCGGACUGUUCAGGAUAGUGGAAGCGAUGAAGGGCAAGAUCGAGAUCGACGGCAUCGACAUCGCGUCCAUCGGGCUGCACCAGCUGCGCUCGCGCAUCACCAUCAUCCCGCAGGACCCCGUGCUGUUCUCGGGCACGCUGCGCAUGAACCUCGACCCCUUCGAGGCCUACUCCGACGACGAUAUCUGGCGCUCGCUUGAGCAUGCUCACUUGAAGAACUUCGUUAAAGGUCUGACGGCGGGUCUCCGGCACGAGAUCGCGGAGGGCGGCGAGAACCUGUCCGUCGGGCAGCGGCAGCUGGUGUGCCUGGCGCGCGCGCUGCUGCGCAAGACGCCGCUGCUCGUGCUCGACGAGGCCACCGCCGCCGUCGACCUCGAGACCGACGAGCUCAUACAGAAAACGAUCCGCUCUGAGUUCGCGUCAUGCACGGUGCUCACCAUCGCGCACCGGCUGAACACCAUCAUGGACUCCACCAAGGUCAUGGUGCUGGACCGCGGCCAGCUCGUGGAGUACGCGCCGCCGCAGCAGCUGUUACAAGACAAGAACAGCAUCUUCUACGGCAUGGCCAAGGACGCCGGCCUCGUCAACUGACCGCUGAGUGAUUAAUUACAGGGCCAGCAUAGGUGCCGCCCGCUACAGGACAAGAACAGCGUCCCUUACGGUUCGGCCCGUGCCGCCAACGUCGUCAAUUGAUUGCCCAAAUAGUUUGAAUAAAUCGACAUAAUGUUGCUUCCACUCUUUCAAAAUAUGAGAGUGAAUUGCUUACUUUCCAAUUCUCACAAAUAUUUUAAAUUUUCAAACUUCGAUCCUGCAAUGGGCGAAUGUAAUAAAUAAACCUACCUCAAAUAUUAAUUUGGAAUAUUUAACUAUUAUAAAUGAUUGGAUCGUUUUAUAUUGUUGAAAAUAAUGGAAGGAAUAACGAUUUUACAUGUUAUUUCGGUUUUGUAAAAUAUAAGAGUGGUGUGCGUGAUAGUGACUUUUCUCACGGGUGUUUUUGCACUAAUAUUUUGUAUAUUUACUACUCCAAAGUAGUAGUACUCAUUUUGUUGCUUGUGGUGUGGAGACCAGUCCAGUGAUAGUGAUAAUGUUAGUUGAAAAACCGGAAGGUUUUAUCUUUGAAUAUUUUACUGAUUUACUAUUAUUUAUUUCGGUAUUUCGAACUAAACCAACCUUAUUGUAGCUGCCAAUUGAAAUAUGUGUUAUUUAUAUCUCAAUUAUCGAAAAUAAAGAUACUUAUAUAACUUUAAACUAUGUACUUGUGAUAUUAAUAUUGUGGACUUUUUAGGUAAUUGAGAAACAAAUAAUACACACAUAAAAAUAACUCGAAACGUACUUAUGUUGUAGGUAGAUCUGAAUGAAUAGUGUUUUGUUAUUACACGGUAUACCGACUACCAUGUUAAAAAUCAAGUUACCAACCACAUAGUGGAAAGAAUAAUAAGUGCCAGAAUGCGUUAUAUCGACGUGUCUAUAUAAAACGCAAAUAGCAAUGCAAGUACAUGGGUUAAUCCUAUCAGAUCACACCAUUCCUGUUGUUAAGGUAAAUAAUUUACCACAUUUGAAUAAUUUGGUUUGGUGUGCUUAUUCAAGGUCUUUUAGUACAAAAUCUCGAGAAAAACAUUCACAAAACGCGUAUUUAUAGCCUCAAGCAUAUUUAUUCUUUCCACUGUGCUAACGCAAUGCCAUGCUCUUUACGAAAUUUACUCGUAUUUACGUUUAAACCUGAAUUAUGCUAAUUUAUUAGCUGGAAGAUUGUUAAAGUAUAAUUAUCACUGCAUUUAUUAAACAGCGUACAUAUACGUAGGUACAUAGUUACCGCAUGAAUAUUGCGUGCCUAAAUAUUAUUUUUCCAUUAGAAGUAAUAAUUAAAUAUUCAAUUCAAGACCUACAUUACCGAAUAUCGAUUCGUUAUGAUUAUUGUUAAAACUUCUUUAUAAAGUAAUAAACAGAUUUAUUUGAGAUUAUGAAAUGUACUUACACUUUAUAUUAGUAAUAAUUGCAAUUUAUUGAAUUUAUAGAUGUUACGUAACUGUUAGAUUCAUAUUUUAUCAAUAUGUUUAUUGAAUAAAACAUUUUGGUGAUAAACUAUUCUAAUUAAAUAUUUAUUCAUCUGGCUCUUUUCAAACACAAAAGUAUCAAUAGUAAGUAGGAAGGUACUUAAUACAAUUUGAUAAGAUACUUAAAAGAAUUAGAUUUGCAUUAAAAUAAAAAAAUACAGCACAUCAGACUAAACAUUUUUAAUGCAAUAUGGCACCUAUUACUAUAAUAUAAUAAGGUGCACAGUGUUUUGCUUGAUGUGCCGGCGUCUGUACGUGCUAACAAGAUUUCUAGAUAGACAAUACAGUCGCCAGCUUAUGAUCCAACCACAAUGUAACGAAAUUCAAUUGACUCUAAAUAAGUUCAAAUCCAUUGGGUAAGUCAUUCUGCUCUUUUGCUGUAUAUAAAACUGUAUUCACACUUGGGUGCUAUUAUUCAAUGUCAUAGAAAUAAUACUUAUUGAAAUAACACGUUUAUUUUCCAUGUUUUAUCAAUGGUUCAGUAGGCCCAACGGUAUACUACGUUUUUGUUAUUACAUACUUAAUUGAAGAAAUGAAUAUCAGAAUAGCUAGAGAACCUAUUAUUGUUGUCAUUGUUCAAAAGGUUAUUCUUCAUUUCUCAUUCAAUGUAAAUACAUUACGAGUAUGUACAUAAUAAUUGUAGUGUGAGUAAUAUUAGUAAAAUUCGAAUAUAGUUGUUUAAUUGUGUACUUAUAAAUCACUCUUUGUGCCUAUUGAACUAAGAUAACAAUAUGAUAAUGUGUACUUAGUAGUUUAAUUAUGGAUUUUUAAGACAAGUUAACUAAACACCACAGUCAAGUCGCAUUAAAAUUGAAAACUGAACUCGUAGGAAACAGCAAAGAAAAUGAAUGUAGCAUUUAUGUAUCUUAACCAGGCUAUGCUUACUGUACUUGACCAGAAUAAGAUAAGCAUAAAGGUAUAUUAUUGACUUUGCCGCACUGGCUACCAUGGACACUGGCUACAUAUUCAGACGUCAUCUCGUACAGUGCUAAUAGGAAUAUAGCUUUAAACAGAUCAGCGCUAACUACAAGGCAUUAUACAUAGUCUAGUAGGUACUGAAGGUCAACCCGUCAGGAUAUUCUUCUGGCGCGGCGUGCUAAUAGCACGGUAAUACUAUCUAUACAGUAUUCCAACUCGGCCAUAUUUUUGAAAUAAAUGUCAACAGUCGCGCGGUAUGUCACAGUAUGACAACAUGCGAUAGGGCUGCCCACCUACAGUACCCAGUUUGAUUACAUCUGCCUACUUAAAAUUUCUAUCUAGUUUUGUAAUUGUAUUUUUUAUUUAGUUAGACAAACAAAAUACUUUGUGAAUGGAAUAGGUUAAAAAUGUGUGUUGUUUUGUGGUUACUUAGUAGAUUUAAUUUAGUAAAAACUACUUAAAUCAUUUUGAAACUUUAAUAAUCAUAAUGAUCUGUUACUUUAAUUCGUCGUUGAAGUCGUGGGCAAAAAUAAGCUGGUUUAAUACAACAUCAUUUUCAUUUCAAAUCAAACUGACUGAAAAUAACAAUUUGACUAGUUUUUUACCAAUUUGACCGUAAAUGACGGUCAUUCAAAUUCAAUCAGUUUUGUCAUUUUUAACACUUGGCCCACAGCUUGGCCACCGACGUCCAUUCGGCACAUUCGCGACACCCCCGACUUUUGCAUACCGAGCGCAUACCGAGAUUUGAAUUUCGAAAGAAAGUUCUCGUUUCGUCUGUUUAUAUGAAGUUACAAUACUGUAUGAUAUUAUUACCGUGCUAAUAGGUACUGAAAAUUCGUUAAUUAUUAUAAAUAGUUGUUGAUUGUUCAUUAACCGAUAUGUUUUAAUUAAAUUGUAAGUAGCUAAUACGAUCUUGAUGCCAAUAUAAGUGUAGUUAUUAAUUGAACUUCUUUACCAUAUCUUAAUAAGCCAACCUGCCUGCAAUAAUUUUAUUUUAUACAAUGAAUAGUGCCGCCGUCCUCCUACAUCAAUACUUCACGCAUGUAAAAUAAAUAAUAUACUUAAUGAAUGAUAUUGUCUUGCCUGCAUUUUGAAGUGUUCAAUUGUAGUUAAUUUUGUUCUGUUCACAUUUUGACUUGCACAUUUACUUAGUUUUAUGGAUGUAGUCUUAUAUAUUAAUGUUUUUUUAUUUCUUACCAAGUGACAUGGUCUUAAGGAUUAAGUAUUUUAUCAUUUAUGAAUACCUAAAAAAUAUAAUAACAGAGUAAAUUUCGUAAUAAAGUACUUGUAUGAA